GUCAGUAAAAAAUUACAAAGGGUGAAUUUCACAAAUCAGUUUGGUGAUGAGGUGUUUUUUGAUGAGAAUGGCGAUCCUACUGCUUCUUAUGAUGUCAUUAACUGGCAGUUGAUAAAUGGAAAAGUGCAACAUGUGACACUUGGUCAUUUGACAUUUGCUGCAAAUGGUGAUUACAAGCUCAGCAUCGAGGAGGAAAAGAUAGUGUGGAGGACAGGGAAAAAAGUCCCCACAUCGGUGUGUUCUAAUGUUUGCCCAGUUGGAACCAGAAAAGCUCAAAUUCGGGGAAAACCUAUAUGUUGUUUUGACUGUGCACCCUGUGCUGAUGGAACUAUAGCCAACUCAACAGGUGCAGCAGACUGCACACCUUGUCCAAAGGAAUACUGGUCCAAUGAGAGAAAAGAUGAUUGCAUUCCUAGAACUAUUGAGUUUCUGAAAUAUCAUGAGCCCAUGGGAAUAGCUCUAACACUUGUAUCCCUGUUAGGGGCCUCUCUCUCCUUGGCCACAAUGGUGGUUUUUAUCAACUACAGAGAAACUCCUGUGAUAAAAGCCAGCAACUUUGAGCUGAGCUCUCUCUUAUUAUUCUCUCUUUUUCUGUGUUUUCUCUGUCCUCUCACUUUCCUUGGUCGACCAACAGUCUGGACAUGCAUGCUGCGCCACACCGCUUUUGGUGUGACAUUUGCCCUUUGCAUUUCCUGUGUCUUGGGAAAAACCAUUGUUGUUGUCACAGCCUUCAAAGCCACAUUUCCUGGUAACAACAUUGCUGGAAAGUUUGGUCACGCACAACAAAGAAUCAUCAUUUGCUCCUGCACUUUGAUUCAAAUAGUAAUAUGUGUGUUGUGGCUGAGUUUAAACCCACCUUACCCACAUAUGUUGUUCACAUACAGCAAUAAGAUUAUUGUUCUUGAAUGUAAUACAGGUUCUCAGGCUUCUUUUUAUGCAGUUUUGGGAUACAUAGGUGUCCUUCAAUCCCAGACACCAUCGAUGAGUCAGAGGCCCCCAGAAGAAUCGAUGGGGGCAAGGGAGAUGCCGCCGCAUCGGGGAGUUGGCAAGGCUCGGAGGAAGAGGUGA